UGCGAUUGUCCGCGCUUUGACUUAUUUCUUCUUAGAAUUGCAAUUCUAGUGCAUUACUUUUAUUUUUAUUUCUACUCAUUUUGUUUUGUUUUGUUUUGUCUUAUUGCAUUUUGAAUUUUGAAUUUUAAAUCCUUUUUCCGUUUUCCGUUUUCCAUUCCAUAACUUGCAUAGUCGUCACUGUUCGACCGCACAUGCUGGCACAGCAAACGCGAAAAGUCACAGCAAACCAGCACAGCACCAAAUGAGACAACCAGUGGCUCGCAGCCUGCAAGAGGCAGUGGACUACAGAGACAUCGAUGCCGAGAACACAUGCGACGAGGAGACAGAACUCAACCGCAUGAUCUCAACCAUCGGGUUCGGGCGGUACCACCGGCGGGUGUUGGCGCUCUGCGGGCUCGGAUGGAUGGCCGACAACAUGUGGAUGCAGUGCGUGGCAUGCAUCCUUCCGCGCGUCCAGCGGCACUUUGACAUCAGCAACGCGGGUAUUGGAAUAAUGUCUUCGAGUAUGUUUCUGGGACUGAUGUGUGGUGCGCUGGUCUGGGGGCCCGUUUCAGACCGAUUCGGGCGCGUCGUUGCCUAUCGAUGGACGCUCGUUUUGUCUGCCGUUUUUGGCGCAUUGGCGAGCGUGGCACCGACCUUUCCGUUGCUAUGUGUGUGCCUUUUUGGGCUAGGGUCUGGGGUUGGCGGAAACAUGCCGGUGGAUGGCGCCAUUUUUCUUGAAUUUGUGCCGCGUGAAAAGCGGCAUCUGCUGACGAUGCUCAGCGUCUUCUUUUCUAUUGGCUCGGCGCUGGCCGCAGCAGCAGCACUGGCAAUCCUGCCCGCGUUCAGCUGCCCUGAAGGCAGUAAGGGGGAUUGCGAUGUGGGAAAAGAGAACAACGGGUGGCGCUAUCUUCUCGUCACCAUGGCAGUCGCCACCGCCGCAAUGGUGGUACUACGCAACGGGUGUUUUCGGCUGUACGAGAGUCCAAAGUUUUUACUACAGAACAAGCGCCGCGCAGACGUCAUUGUUGUGCUUCGCAAGAUUGUGAACUUUAAUGGCGGUACUGCUCGCCCCACAUCGCCGCUCAACACUGCCGAGACCGGCGUGCUUAGACAGCCGAGCGAGGAAUCGGGCAGCGACGCCAGCUCGUGGCUCGAAUGGCCCGAGGCCGAGGAUGUGGUCGAGCCGCCGCCGCACGUUCGGUCGACUAAACCGUGGCUGCACAGGUGGGGCCAGACGCUGCGAGCAGCACUGGAUGUGCGCGCACAUGCUCGUAUGGUCCGGCCACUGUUUGCACCGUCUUUGCGGCGCACCACAGCGCUAGUGUGGGCCAUCUGGGCGGUGGUUGCACUGGGAUUCACAAUGUUCAACGUAUUUCUGCCCAAGCUGCUCGAGACUAACGCGCCCGCCGAAGAUAGUGGUCGCAAAGUGCAAGUGCGCGUGUAUCGCGAUUCGCUGAUCUACGCUGUCAGUGGCAUCCCCGGGUCGCUCAUUGGUGCCUGGCUUGUCGGCACGCGUCUCGGGCGCAUCUACUCUAUGGCGCUCUCAACCUUGGUUUCUGCCCUUGCCCUUAUUGCCUUUGCGAUGGCCGCAAAGUCGGCCAAUUCUGCGCUCACUGUGCUUUCGUCGUCCGUAUUCGGACUCAUGAGCACAAUGAUGUUUGCCGUCAUAUAUGCGUACACGCCUGAGGUCUUCCACCCGUCGCUUCGCGGAACCGCUUGUGGCAUGGCGUCGGCGCUGGGACGUGUUGCUGGCAUUGUUGCGCCGCUGGUUACUGGCUUGUUGCUAGAGAUUAGUACUACUGUGCCGCUUUAUGUCAGCGUGUGCCUUUUGAUGGUUGCGACUACUUGUAUGGUAGCCUUGCCCAUUGAGACCCGCGACAUUGCCACAUAGUAUCAUUUAAUAAGUUAGUUAUUUUUCAUGUAAACUAAAUUGAGAGCUAAAUUGAGAGGA